UCCAGGAUGGCUGUGCGGAAGCGGAAGAGGCUGCAGGGCCGGGAGGCCACUCUCUAGUCCCGCCGGGUCCGGGGGUCCGGGCCGCCCGCCGAGAUGGCGAGCCCCCGGAGGAGCGUCGAGGGACGGCCGCUGGGCGCCUCCGCCUCGAGCAACAGCAGCAGCCCUGGCAGCCCAGCCCAUGGCGGCGGCGGCGGCGGCGGCAGCGGCAGCGGCAGGUUCGAGUUCCAGUCCCUGCUCAGCAGCCGCGCCGCGGGUGUGGACCCCACCUGCGCCCGGCUGCGCGCGUCCGAGAGCCCGGUGCACCGGCGCGGCUCCUUCCCUUUGACCGCCGCGGGCCCCUCGCAGGCGCCCCCUCCCACACUGCCCGAGGAGGACCGCAUGGACCUGAACCCGUCCUUCCUAGGCAUCGCCUUGCGCUCCCUGCUGGCCAUCGACCUGUGGCUGUCCAAGAAGCUGGGGGUGUGUGCAGGGGAGAGCUCGUCUUGGGGCAGCGUGAGGCCCCUUAUGAAGCUGCUGGAGAUCUCAGGACACGGCAUCACCUGGCUGCUGGGCACCCUCUACUGCCUGUACAGGAGCGACAGCUGGGCCGGGCGCGAGGUGCUGAUGAACCUUCUCUUCGCCCUGCUGUUGGACCUGCUGGUUGUGGCCCUGAUCAAAGGGCUGGUCCGCAGGCGCCGGCCGGCCCACAAUCAGAUGGACAUGUUUGUCACUCUCUCGGUGGACAAGUACUCCUUUCCCUCGGGCCAUGCCACAAGGGCUUCCCUGGUGUCCCGGUUCAUCCUGAAGCACCUGGUACUGGCCAUUCCACUGAGAGUGCUGGUGAUAUUGUGGGCCUUCAUCUUGGGUCUCUCCAGGGUCAUGCUGGGGAGGCACAAUGUCACCGAUGUGGCUUUUGGCUUUUUUCUGGGCUACAUGCAGUACAGCAUCGUGGACUAUUGCUGGCUCUCACCCCACAAUGCUCCGGUCCUCUUUAUACUGUGGAAUCAACAAUGACACCAUCUCAUUGAUUAUGGCACCAGGAGAGCUGAAGGUUUCCACAUUUGAUGAUGCCAGCCUAAACCAGCCACCAUCCCACUUGCCCCUCUUAGACAUUUCAGGCUUCCUUAGGAUUUCAGGUAUCCCAUCAUCUUGAUGUGUUGCUAGGCCAGAGCACGUGCUAGCCAUUACUGAAGAGAGCCAUAUUAAGGGAAUCAAAAAAGAAAAAAAAAAAAAAUCUAUUGUAUAUUUAUUCAACUGUUUAUAUCUCCAGGACAACUGCAAAGAAAACAAGCUGG